AUGCCAACCCCACCAUCCAUUAAAAUAACUCGAUCAAAGUCGCCGUCAUCUAACAAGAAUCCAGCAGAUGUAACACCGGCCACCACAACCCCGGAAUCCAAACCUCGAAAUUUGACGUACGUGUCAUCGAAAACGUACUUGCCAGAGACUGACUCGCCCACAACUCAUCCGACGUAUUCACUGGAGACGCCAGAGACUUACUCACUGGACAUCAUUACUCCGAAUCCUAACGACUUGUAG